AUGGAAGCAGAAAAUCACACAGAAGCACCACAAUUCCUCCUCUUGGGACUCUCAGAUGAUCCUAAACUGCAGCCCCUCCUCUGUGGAGUGUUCCUGUCCAUGUACCUGUUCACUGUGCUUGGAAAUCUGCUCAUCAUUGUGACCAUCAGCUCUGACUCCCACCUCCACACCCCAAUGUAUUUCUUUCUCACCAACCUGUCCUGUGUUGACAUCUGUUUCACCUCCACCACGGUCCCAAAGAUGCUAGUGAAUGUCCAGGAAGAGAGCAAAAGCAUUACCUAUAUUGGGUGCCUCAUUCAGGUGUACUUUUUAAUGAUUUUUGCUGGAAUGGACACCUUACUUCUGACUGUGAUGGCCUAUGACCGGUAUGUGGCCAUCUGCCACCCCCUGUACUACACAGUCAUCAUGAACCCACACUUCUGUGGCACUCUGGUUCUGAUAUCUUGGUUCAUCAUGUUUUGGAUCUCUCUGCUUCAUAUUCUACUGAUGAGGCAGCUGACCUUUUGUGUCGGCACUGAAAUCCCACAUUUCUUCUGUGAAUUGGCUCAGAUUCUCAAGGUGGCCUGCUCUGACACCCUCAUCAACAACAUUGUCUUGUAUGUGUCUGCUGCCUUCCUGGGAGUGCUUCCUCUCACAGGAAUUCUGUUUUCUUACUCUAGGAUUGUCUCUGCUUUAAUGAGAAUGUCAUCUACAGGAGGGAAAUAUAAAGCAUUUUCCACCUGUGGGUCUCACCUCUCCGUGGUCUCCUUGUUCUAUGGGACGAGCCUGGGGGUCUACCUCAGUUCAGCUUUGACCCAUUCUUCCCUACAAAACUCAGUUGCUUCAGUAAUGUACACUGUGGUCACCCCCAUGCUGAACCCCUUCAUCUACAGCCUGAGGAACAGGGAUGUGAAGGGGGCUCUGAGAAGGCUCCUUAACCUAGCAGCACCCUGUCUGUGA